CGGACGAUGAUCCGCGACGGAACCCAAACAGCCACGUAGCUGUGAUCGGCGGUGCAGCGGUUCGGUCUUCCAGCGCGCGCGCCCUAAAGACUUCACACGGACCGUUUUAUGACGCGUUAUAGUGCCUUAUUAACACACUGUCACGUGUCCAAGAUGCAGUGAGACAGGAAGUGAGACAGUGGAGGAGGACAUCAGCGUCCCUGUUCAUGGAUGUUGGAGGUGAAGUGUACAGAGAUGGAGAACGGAAACAACGAAACAACAGAGACCAUCAACACCAUCAUCAGUACACGGGGGAGUGAAGUCGGAGACACGGGCACUCAGACACGUCCACACAUUGAGGAGAGCGUCCCCAACGGUCACGUCAACAUGGAGCUGCUGGAGAACGGAGAGGUUCGGAGAGAGACCGGAAACAGCAGCUCGUCUCCCGUGUCACUUCCUGGUGCAGGUGUGGCUUGUUUCCAUGACAGCGUAGAGAAGCCUGAGGGCUCGGCCCUGCAGUCGCUCAGACUAAGUAUCCCCAUGCAGGAGACGGAACUGUCGAACGAGCCAUCUCUGGAGAUGGAGAACGAGGAGAAGAUUCGUCUGGAUGCACGUCGGCGUCUGGAGGAGCAGCUGAAACAGUACCGCGUUCAGAGACAGCGGGAGAGGUCACACCAUCGUUUGUCCCCCAAGUCUCGCCCCUGCAGUACCUUGGACCCAGAGCUCAUGCUGCACCCUGACAUCUUGCCUCGUGCUUCCACGGUCGCCAUGACGACGGAGUACUCGUUCCUGCGCACCAGCGUUCCCCGCGGACCCAAACUGGGCAGCCUGGGCAUCCCAGCUCCCAAAGACCGGAAGUCCAAAUCACGAUCCGGAAAGAUCCACUCGCUUGCUGACUACAAAACCCCGGACACCGCCAGCGAAAAAUCCUGGUCCUCCUCUGUCUCCGGGGUCUCUGAGAUAAACACCAGCUCUGUCUCCAUGCUGUCUGGGACCAGCACCAGCUCCGUCUCCACAAUCUCAGACACCAGUGAGAACGUCGCAAACGACGGAGCGUUAGAGCUCACGGUAACGGUUAAGAAGGAAGAGGAGGGGGAAGUGGUCGUGGGGCGGUACCCUUCUCUAAGGGAGGUGCUGCAGGCAGCCAAUGAAGAGCUGGAGCUGGAGAAGGAAGGCGGGGCCAAUGAGGAGCUGGAGAGUGAGGGCGGGGCAGAGUCGCGCAGUCGCAGGGACAGCUUCUCCAGCACUGUGUCAUACGGGAGCUCAGUGAUGGGGAAUCAUGAUGAGCUGCUGCAGGUGUUGAAGGAGAAGAUGAGGCUGGAGGGACAGCUGGAGUCUCUGUCCUCUGAGGCCAGUCAGGCUCUGAAGGAGAAGACGGAGCUGCAGGCGGAGUUAGCGGCGCUGGACGCUCGUCUGCGAGCUCAGUGCGAGGAGACGCGUGUGAGUACGGAGCGUCAGGCGUCCCUGGCGUCGGAGGUGUCGUCCCUGCGCUCGGAGGCGGUCGGGCUGGAGCGAAGCAUGGCGGAGCUGCAGGGUCAGCUGGAGGAGAAGAACACCGGUAUGGAGUCGCUCUCCAAAGACCUGCAGCUCGCCGAGCAGCAGUACCAAAGGCUGAUGGGGAGGGUGGAGGACAUGCAGCAGAACCUGAGCUCCAGAGACACCACGGUGAGCGAGUUGCGUCUGCAGCUGUCAGGACUGCACACACAGCUGCAGCAGGUGGAGGCUGAACGUGGUGCUCUGAACUCUCGGCUGCAGACGUCGCAGGCGGAGGUGCAGUCGCUGCAGCAGCUGCGCAGUUGGUAUCAGCAGCAGCUCGCUAUAGCACAGGAAGCCCGGGUCCGACUGCAGGGUCAGAUGGCCAACAUGCAGGCGGGUCACAUGACUCAGGUCGGCAUGCUGGAGACACUAAAGAUCGAGAACGUCAGCCUGUCCCACCAGCUCACCGAGUCCAAACACCGCUCCAUUAAGGAGAAGGAGAGGAUUGCAGUCCAGCUGCAGAGCAUCGAGACGGACAUGCUGACGCAGGAAGCGGCCAUCUUGCAGAUCCAGGACGCGAAGUCGAUGGUGGAGGAGGACCUGCAGCGGAAACUGGAGGAGUUUGAGGAGGAGCGAGAGCAGCUUCUAAAAGCAGCCAGCAAAACUGCAUCACUCGAGCGGGAGCUAGAGGAGGUGAGAGUGUCUCUGUCCCAGAAGGAAGGUCAGCUCUCAGCGUUCCAGCGUGAGCACGUGGAUCUGAUGAAGAAGCUGACGGAGACUCAGGAUGCACUGCAGAGUAAAGAGCAGGCGCUGCAGCUGAUGGAGGCGCGCUACGAGCAGCUCCAGGCCGAGUUGGCUGAGCUGCAGUCCGACUCCUUCACCCACGACGAAGAGCUGCACUCCCUGCGCAACGAGAAGAUCGUCCUGGAGGUGGCGCUGCAGGCGGCGCGUGCCGAGAAGGACCAGCUGGGCGAUGGGGCCGAGAAACUCGGACAGGAAGUGUUGGACUCCUCUGAUGCGCUCGAGCGGCUCGGACAGGAAGUGCAGGUCCAGGCCACGCAGAUCGAGUCGUUACAGCAGGAGAACGUCUCUCUGAAGAAACACACACAGAAACUGAAGGAACAGUUCAACCAGCAGAAGGUGAUGGUGGAGGCGUACAGGCGAGACGCCGCCUCUAAGGAGCAACUGAUCUCAGAGCUGAAGAUGACGAAGAAGCGUUUGCUUUUGGAGGUAAAGGAGCUGAAGGAGGAGGUUCAGCAGGUGGCCCAGGAGAAGAGGAGUGCUGAGCUGGAGCAGCAGCGCCUCCUGCAGGAGGUCCAGAGAGUGCAGCAGCAGAUGAGCAGCCUGGAGGAUCAUCUACAGGAGGUGCAGGGCGAGAGAGACCGGCUCGACACACAGCUGCAGUCUGUGCAGUUUGACCAGAAUCAGCUCUCUGCGGUCACAGAGGAGAACGAGGUCCUGAGGAAGAAGGUGGAGGAGAUGCAGAAUGAAGCCAAGAAGGCGAUCUCAGAGCAGAAGGUGAGGGUGAAGAAGCUGGGGACGGAUUUGACGAGCGCUCAGAAGGAUCUGAAGGUGAAACACAAGGCGUACGAGAACGCAGUGAGCAUCCUCAGCCGACGUUUGCAGGAAGCCCUGGGGGAGAAGGAGACGGCGGAGGCGGAGCUAGAGAAGCUUCGAGCACAGGUGGACGAGAGCGGGAACAACCAGGCCCUGCAGGGGAAGGUGGAAUCCCUGCAGGUGGAGCUGAACUCCAUACUCCAGAGUAAAGCCCUGCUGGAGAAGGAGCUGCAGGAGGUGAUCAGUCUGACCAGUGCCGAGCUCGAGGAGUAUCAGGAGAAGGUGCUGGAGCUGGAGGACGAGCUGCAGGAGGCUCGUGGAUUCAAGAAGCGAAUCCGCCGCCUGGAGGACGCUAACAAGAAGCUAGCGCUGGAGCUCGAGCACGAGAAAGGGAAGCUGACCGGACUCGGCCAAUCCCACAACGCGCUGCGGGAGCAUGCUAACGUCCUCGAGGCUGCACUAGCCAAGAGAGAAGCUGACCUGGUCCAACUCAACCUGCAGGUUCAAGCCGUGCUGAAGAGGAAGGAGGAGGAAGACCAGCAGAUGAGGAACCUGGUCCAGACCCUGCAGGCUGCUCUUGAGAAUGAGAAGAUCAAAGUGAAGGAGCUGACCGAGCAGGUGGCCGAGGCGAGGCUGGAAGCGGCUCAUAACCGUAGACAUUACAGAGCGGCCGUGCUGGAGCUCAGUGAGAUCAGAAAGGAGCUUCAGGCCAAAGAGGAGCUGAUGAGAUCACUGCAGGAGGAGGCCAGGAGACUCGAAGCUCAGGACACUCGGCGCUCUCAGGACGUGUCUCGAUUCGAGGCUGAGCUGGCUGAAGCACACACACAGCUGCAGAUCUUACAGAAACAGCUGGAUGACGAGCUCAACAAACAGCCGCUCACUAACCAGGAGGUGGAGGAUCUAAAGUGGGAGGUGGAGCAGAAGCAGCAGGAGCUUGAUGCACAGCGCCAACACCUGGAACUGUCAGAGAAGUGCAAUCAGAGAGAACUGGACACCAUGCAGGAAACACUGCAGAGGGUACGGGUGGAGCUGGAGAUGGUGCAGGAGGAUCUGAACAGCACCAAGAAGGAUAAGUUUGUGCUGCAGGCGAAGGUGGGCGAGCUGAGGAACAGCAUGAAGAGCCUGCUGCAGCAGAACACGCAGCUCAAGCAGGAGCUCAAACACACACGCACCCGCAAGCAGCGGAUGGAGGUGAAGUGUGACUCCGCCCCUUUGACUCCGGUGAAGAUUCCAGAUUGUCCGGUUCCUGCAUCAUUAUUGGAUGAGCUCCUGAAGCCGGCUGCCUCCGUCAACAAGGAACCACUCAACAACCUGCACAACUGCUUACGACAACUCAAGGAGGAGAUGGACAGUCUUCAGAAGCAGAUGGAGGAACACACGGUUACCGUGGCGACGUGGGUCACGGCGGAGGAGGAGCUUCAGAGACUCGGCUUCCACGAGAAAGGGAGCUCGCCCAAUGAGGACGAGGAGACGGGACCCGAGGAGACUCCGUCUUCAUAAACACAUCUGUCUGUCAGUGAGAGGACACGUUUGAUCCUAACACACACUUUUUAACGUCCUCUUUUAUUGUCCUGUAUCACGCGGCCCGUCCGCUCGGUCGUGUCCCAUCACAGCUGGACCUAACGCUGUUUCAGCGUUUUAUUUCGUUCUUUUAUUUAUGGUGUGAAACGUCGGAGGACUUGUUGCUAGAAUUCACCAAAAAAAUAAGAAAUGACACGUGACAACUAUACAACACGUACCGGCGUGUUGGACACGUGGACACGUCACCAUUACAGUGUUCUGUUUGGGAGUAGGGCACGUAGAGUCUCUCCAUCUUCUGUGUUGUUCAGAGCGUCAGAACUGAGGUUUUGUAUUGGAUCAUUGAGCAGGAAUAAGGUCACGUGUUAAUACAGCGCUGUAGACGUGGUGUCACUGUUCUGAUUCACAGGUCCUGAACGAAAAGCUGACCUACACGUGUACGUACGUGAUCCGAGUGGAUCAGGAAUCAAAGGGCUGCACAAAACGUCCCAACUACCCGUAUCCAUGGCGACCGAGAGGCCAGCGUUUAUUCUGAUGCCCACUUUUCAUUAGUCCCGUACACACGUGUUGCACACGUGGCUCAGAGAUUAAAGGGCUGUGUAAAGAGCAGAAGCACCAGAUCCAGAGAACCCUUCCCUUCCUGCUUAUAGCCCCGCCCUCAAACUCCACCCCGCCCGCCCCACCCUCAGGGACCGUCACCACGGCGAUGCUCUCGUCAUAACACUGUGCUGAUGUUACAGGGUCGCUCCUCACUGAUCUCUCUCUCUCACACACACACACACACACACACACACACACACCUCGGGCUUCUGUAGAUAUAUACCAUCUCUCUCUUUUCAUUCAUCCUCUCUCUCAUCAUGUUCAGUGUGAUGAGGAUCAGAUCCACAGCAUGCUGCCAUCAUUUAGCUGUGAUGUGAUGGAUAGAGAGAGUCUCCUGACCUUCUCCUCCCCCCGGGGCAGAGUGUUGUUAUUAUUAUUAUUAUUAUUAUUAUUAUUUUUAAUGGUUAGUGUGAGCCAUAUAACUGACCACACCCCCUUUAUCUAAACAAGGUUCAAACAGCUCUCUCUCUCUCCCUCUCUCUCUCUCCCUCUUUCUCUCUCUCUCUCUCUCUCUCUGCGAUAUGGAGCAGCAUGUAAUUUAUAAUGUAUAUAAAAUAAGAAAUGUAUUGACACCCUAAAAUAUUGCACAACUGACGGCUUCGGGGAAAAAAUUCAGAAAAAAAGUUGUAAAAUGUUGCUGUUUUUUCUUUUUUUCCUGAGUGGUUGUUUUGCUCUUUGAUUUAUGUAUAAUGCACAUAAUGAGCUGUGGCAUUUAAACAUCUGUCGUGUGAGGUGUAUGCAACGUUUCCAGAGCAAUCCCAUGAUGCAGUUCGGUAAGGUUUGGGGACGGAGUCUCCAGUGUCAGAACGUGCAGAACUGCUAGAACGUGGACGAGAAGCGACGUUUCGUUUCCCUCCACGCUUGGCUGUAACUAUAAACGGAGAAAACGUGUGCUGUUCUUUAAUCUGAUGUAUGACGGGUGGGGGGUGUAUGAGGGAUGUAAAGUUGCCGUGUCACUUUAAGGCUGCAGAGUGUAAAUUAUUUACAUUAAUAUAAUUCACUGUUUUUAUUUCUGCGUUUUUUACGUCUUCAUCCUGUUUCCUUUUUAUUUAAACAACUGUGUGAUGGAAGAAAUUCGCUUUUUCUCUUUUUUUCCUCUCUGUGUGUGUGUGUGUGUGUGUGUGUGUGUGUGUGUGUGUGUGUGUGUGUGUGUGUGUGUGUGUGUGUGUGUGUUCAUGUUCUCCUAUCCUGGUGGGGACUUCGACCUGAAUGCACACUGACUCAUGGGGACCCAUGUCACCGUGGGGACCUAAACUGAGGUCCCCACCAGCAAAGCUAUACAAGCACCUACCAAACAGUGUCUAGACACGACAACAGUGACAACAGUGAGGUUUUCUCUGAUGACCCCAUUGGGUCCAUUUUCAAGACAAAAUCUGUGUGACUGUGUUAGCUAUGCGCCCCUACAGGUCACACACGGUAUUGCUGACCCCUUAUAAAUGUAUAUUAUAAAAUUAACAACAUUAAAUACAUUUACUGUUAGUGUA